AUGACUAUCAAGAUCUUCGUUUGCGGAGCCACUGGCACCCAAGGCGGCGCCGUCACCCACCACCUUCUUCAGAACGGCGCCUCGGUGCAUACCAUCGUCCGCGAUCCCAGCUCUCAUGGCGGCCAAAAACUCCAAGAAGUCGGAGUCACCGUCACGCAGGGAAAUUACGACGACGAAGAAUCCCUCCGAAGAGGCCUGCAAGGCUGCACGGGCCUUUUCCUCAACCUCUCGCCCGACUUCACGAACGAAAAACACGAACUCGAACAAGCCCGCCGGAUCCUCUCCAUCGCCAAAGCAUCCGGCGUGAACCAAAUCGUCUACACCAGCGGAUUCGCCGUCAACCAGCCCGAAAAGCUCCCGUACUGGGAUCCCACUAGUUUUCUGGGCAAGACGCUUCUGACGAAACAAGCGAUCGAGAACGAAGUCCGCGCCACGGGGUUCGCUUCCUGGACCAUUCUGCGCCCGGCCAACUUCAUGUCGAACUUCCUCCUGCCCCUGGUGAAAUUCUUGUAUGCCGGGUUGGUCGAGACGGGCGUCUGGACCACGGUCCUGUCGAAGGAGACCCUUUUGCCUAAUGUCGACCCCAACGACAUCGGGCGGUUUGCUGCCGAAGCCAUCUUGAAUUCGCAGCGGUUCCAUGCGAAGGAAAUCGAUCUGGCGUCUGAAUUGUUGUCUGUGGAGGAUAUCUUGAAUGAGCUGGCCCAAGCGACGGGUCGGCAGUUUAAGGCGAAGUAUCUGACGCAGGAGGAGGUGGAUGCGCAGUUGGCCGUGAAUCCGAUGAUUGGGGGACAGUUAGCGAUGCGCGAUAUGCAUCGGUUUGUGAACAUGGAGGAGGUGAAGGCGUGGGGAAUCCCGCUGGGUACUUUCAAGGGAUUCUUGGAGCGGAAGAAGGAGAGCGUCGAGAAGACGUACUCCGUCUGA